AUGUAUGAGACAACAAUUGUUGCUCCUGUUGUUGCUCCUGUUGCUGCUCCUGUUGCAGCUCCUGUUGCUGCUCCUGUUGCUGCUCCUGUUGUUGCUCCUGUUGCUGCUCCUGUUGCUGCUCCUGUUGCAGCUCCUGUUGCUGCUCCUGUUGUUGCUCCUGUUGCUGCUCCUGUUGCAUCUCCUGUUGCUGCUCCUGUUGUUGCUCCUGUUGUUGCUCCUGUUGCUGCUCCUGCUGUUGGUGUUGCUGAGCUAUAUCAUCACGUAACUGAACAGAAGGCCGUGAACGAAACCGAAAAAAUAGACUCUAUAGUCGCGGAAGCCAUGCAGCAGAUGUACUACGUUGCGUGCCGCACAAGUAGUACAAACUCCAUUUUUGGUGAGGAAAUGAGCACAUUUGCUGCAUUGAGGGCGCUUAUUACGACGAGGUGCCAUGGAUGUGUUGCUGUGAAGGAGCGGUAG